AAUAAACGGGUGCUUGUGGCCGCUUUUGAUCCCUACAAUUCUCGUGUAGCCAAUCGCUUCGUCCGGCGAAGAAAAGGUAUAGUCACGUCGACGAACCCGAGCGCCGCCGCUGCUCGCGGCGAAGCUUCGCAUUCUCCAUGUCCGUACUCUCCCUCCGCCCGCCGCAGUGGACUUCUCACCGCCGCCUCCUCGAACAGAAGCUCGUCGACCUCCACCGCUGCUCCGACUACGACCACCUGCGCCAAAUCCAGGCACAGAUCCUCAAGGCGGACCUCCACCGCGACCUCUUCGUCGCCCCUAAGCUCAUCUCCGCCUACUCUCUCUGCCGCCAGGUCCUCCCCGCCGUCGCCGUCUUUCGCCAGGUCCCCUUCCCCAAUGCCCACCUCUACAACGUACUCAUCCGCGCAUUCGCCGACAACUCCCAGCCUUCCUUGGCCUUCUCCACAUUCUGUCAGAUGCAGAAAGAUGGCAUUUUUCCUGACAAAUUCACCUACUCGUGCUUACUUCGUGGCUGCUCCGGGACCUCCUCGUUCUCCCGCGUCCUAAUGAUCCACGCUCAUGUUCUAAAGUUUGGGUUUUUAUCGGACAUCUUUGUUCCCAACGCUCUCAUUGACUCAUACUCCAAGACUAGCGCUGCAGGCUUCGCGGAAGCUAAAAAGGUAUUCGAUGGAAUGCCCGAAAAGGAUGUUGUAUCGUGGAAUUCAAUCCUUGCCGGAGCAGUUAGAGCUGGAGAGGUCGCCGAGGCCCGACAGCUGUUCGAUGAAAUGCCAGAGAGGGAUAUCAUCAGCUGGAACACUUUGUUGGAUGGACUUGCUAAAGCCGGUGAGAUGGAGAGUGUUUUCGACUUGUUUGGUAGAAUGCCUGAGAGGAAUGUGGUGUCAUGGUCGACGAUAUUGUCAGGAUAUUGCAAGUCAGGGGACCUGGAAAUGGCGAGGGAUCUGUUCGAUAAAAUGCCUGUUAAAAACUUGGUCACUUGGACCAUCAUCAUAACUGGAUAUGCUGAGAAAGGGCAAGCAAAGGAAGCCUCUCGCUUGUUGGAUCAGAUGGAGGAGGCAAGCCUUGAAUUCGAUGUUGCCGCUACUGUAAGCAUAUUGGCUGCUUGUGCUGAAUCUGGCUUGCUUUCCCUUGGCAAAAGAAUUCAUUCCUAUGUGAAAAGAAGUAAACUGAGAUUGUCUACUCAUGUAUCAAAUGCGCUGAUCGAUAUGUACUCCAAGUGUGGCUGUAUCGACAAAGCUUGGAGUGUAUUCAAAGAAUUGGUUGACAGAGAUUUAGUGUCCUGGAAUUGUGUGAUCCAAGGGCUAGCCGUGCAUGGGCAUGGAAAGAGAGCUCUGUCUCUGUUUGCCCGGAUGAAGAUGGAAGGCAUCAGGCCUAAUGCUGUGACAUUCAUCGGCGUUCUUUGUGCUUGCACACACAUGGGACUCGUCGAAGAUGCUCGCUCUUUCUUUUACAGCAUGGAAACAGACUAUGGCAUUGUGCCUCAGAUUGAGCACUAUGGUUGUAUGAUUGACGUUUUAGGACGCGUUGGGUUUCUUCAUGAGGCGUUCCACCUCGCAAAGACAAUGCCUUCUGAGCCCAAUGCAAUCAUAUGGUGCAGCCUUUUGAAUGCUUGCAGGCUCCAUAACAAUGUUGGUCUUGCAGAGGAGGCAGUUAAUCAGUUGGUAAAAUUUGAACCUUCUGAUGCUGGGAAUUAUGCAAUAUUGUCAAAUAUUUAUGCAGCUGCAAAACAAUGGGAAGGAGUGGCAAAGGCAAGGACCAAGAUGAAAGGUAUAGGAAGGCCAAAGCCAGCAGGCUCGAGUUGGAUCGAGCUCGGUGAUACAGUGCAUGAGUUCACUGCAGGGGAUAGAAAACAUCCACAAACAACUAGAAUUUUUAAGAUGCUUGAUAAGUUGAGCCAUCACAUUGUGCAAGUUGGCCAUGCUCCAAAGGAAAUGGCAAUGUUACCGCAAUAAAGAUGGUGAUUUCUGCUAUCAAUGUGGAGAAGAACAAAAAAAAAAAGAAUUUAUUUCUAAGAAGUUCACAGCAUUGUGGGCAUAGAAGAUUCAGCAAUCUCUCAGCGAUUUCUUUUCUUUGAACAUAAAUCAUCAUGCUAUUAAUUAAUGGCAUCAACAUACAAGAAUACAUUUUCUCAUAUUCACACAGGAUUGAGCUUGAUGUGAGGUUACCCAUCUAUAAUACCCUUGAAAAGGGAUUCCCUCUACAAACAAAACUGCAAUCAAAAAAGGCCGAUGGCUCAUCUGGGAAACAACCAGAUUAAGACAUAAAUAGCAACAAUAUCACUCGGAGCAAUCAUUUCAAGCUCUCUGCUUCACUCAAUCACAGGGAAGUGGCAAUGUUGCUGAGAACUGGAAACAGUAUUACAUUUCUCAGAGACAUUAUUCCUUGGGCUCCUCAAAGUAGAUUGCAGGCACAUCAGCAGAAGGAACCAAUGAAGACACACACUUGAACUGAAAAAUAACACAAGUUAAAACAUAAGGCUUAUGGUAACCACAACAGCUGCAUUGAUACACUUUUGCCUCAUUAGAUAAACUUACUCUGUGUUGAUUGUAUUUA